CGGCCGUGCCUCCGCCUCGCCCAGCACCCGCAGCUCCUCGCUCAGCGCCCGCGCCAGCAGCAGGGCCUCCUCCAGGUGCUUGUCCCGGCAUCUCUUGGCGGUGCUCCUGCGACGGUCCGCAAGGAGCCAGCCCUGUGGUUGCCCCGUGGGUGAGCGCUGAGUGGGGCCGGUGCUGUGGCUGCUCCCAGACCCCUGCUGCCAGUCCUGGGCUUUCCUGGAGCGAUUCCUGCUGAAAUCCGCCUUCUCGCUUGCUCUGUCCCUUAGCCACAGCCACGCCUUCAUCAUGCAAAAAGCAGUGUGUUUGCUUUAAAAAUAGAGGUGAGACAGAAGGGUAAGCGUGAUCUCACUUCACCUGCCUGCAAGUUUUCGGCCUUAAAACAACAACAUCUGGAGCCGUUUCCAUAGUCGGUGGAGGAGCAAGCCCUGGAAGGACUGGAGAGGAGCUGGGCAAGGCUGAGGUGCUGCCAGAGGAGGCACUGAGGUGUCCCGCACACCAAGCCCAAUGCCUCUGCUUGGCACAGCCACCUCUCCCAUCGCACCACACUGCACCAGACCGACAGAGGAUAUCAUGUCAGUGGAAGCAGGUUCUCAGAGUAUAAGCAGGUCGUUUAACAUCAUCCGUAGAUUUUGCCUCCUGCCUGCUCACCACGGUUCCCAAAUCACCGGUAGAUAUGUAUGCCAGAUCUAACCUGGUCCCCACGCCACCCUCUUGUCACCAGCGAAGGAAGUUUCCUUCACAAGGAACGGGGUGAGCUCAUCUGCUUGCUUCCCCAGGAUGCUCUUUGCUGGUUUUGACCCUGCAGGAGUGAUUUUUCCUGCUCUGCUUUCUGCGGAGGCACUAAGGAGAGUGAUGGCUGUGUUGGCCACCCAGGAGAGCAUGGCUUGGAGGACGCCAAGAUGUGGCUUCUAGGAAACCAACAGACCAUAGUUUUCAGCAAUGUUUGCCAGCUCUGCUCAGCUUUAGACAUUAAGCUGGAAGUCCAAAGCCAGCCACAGGGCCAGGUUUGCCCUCAAUGCUGCUAUUACAAACCAGCGAAACAUCCCUGGAUUUCACCCCAGUAAAUCAGGGCGGCACAGGAGGAUGCUUGCGCCCGCAGACCAACUCCUUCGUCACUCCAUGACUGCAGUGAAGAAGUGGGGAAUGCGUUGCCCAAGCAGAGCCCCUGUGCCCAUGAUGCCUGCACCCAGGCAAGGGAAGGGGCUCCCAUGUUUCAGGGUCCCUGAGGCUCUGGUUCCAUUUCCCCUUGUGCUGCCUGCAGAAGGCAGGGGUCAGAGAGGAAGAGGAGAAUUUUUCAGGUUUUGCCAUAGGAAGGAUUUUCAACCCCUGUAAAUUCACUUUUGACAAGCAAACGGCUAAAGCAGAUUAACCUUUUUGCUAAUCCUCUAUAAUGGCUUUGGAAUCUCCUUAACCAAUAAGAAAAUGAUAAGAGCCUGUUUCUUUUCUUUUUAUCUAUAACUAUAUUGUCCUCCCUUGUCUGCAUUUUUUUUCUUUCUUGUUUUAUUUUCCUUCCCUUUUCUAAUACGAAAUAGCCCAGCGAUCCUAUCUCUCAGAGGCUCAGUAAACAGAACAUCAGUAAUCCCUUUCCUUUAUUCCUCUCUGGUAACAGGGUGCAGAGAAGUGUCUGCCGAUUGGGAUUUGAUUACCAGCAGCUAUCAAAAGUCUCUUUGUAAGAUCUGGGUCCUGAAUCCCAUAAUUCUUUGAUAAAAGAAGUAUUACCAGUCCAUUUUCUGAAGUGAAAGGUACAGGAGAAAUGAAAGAAAGCAAUCAGCGGAGAUACUAAUAGGCUAAGUGCAUGUGUGGUGGGAAGGCAGGGCCAGGCCGAGGAGGCCAGGGAAAGAUGUCCUUUGUGCAGGGUGGGGAAUGAGAAUUAAUCUGCUUCGGCCGUAUGAUUAUCACAGCUGAGAGCAGGACGGGUCGCAUCCUGCACCUGCCCAGGCCACGUUUGCCUGCCCUGCAGUGGCAUGGUGUGGGGAGCAGGACCCGUCUUCAUGCCAUCCCCUGCGCCAGCUGAAGGAGAAGCAAAAUAGGGGGAUGGGAGAAAAAUACCAUUUUAAGCGAGAUUUUUAAAGAGAUUUGAGGGUAGAAAAGCAAUUUGGCAUCCCUUCUUGGCGGUGGAAGACAAAAAAAAGAGAAAAGAAGGGGGCCAGAGAUGGGGACCACCUGAGGACAGGCUCCUAUUUCCAUGAGGUGCCACAUGGACAUUUGAUGUGCAGGAGUUUCACAGCUCUCACUCAUAUGUCUCCUCAUUGUACCAUGAGUGUGACUGGUGCCUUACCUCCCCUACCAAGAAAUACUGAGCAGGAGUGCUCCCCCACUGAGUUCCCAAAGCCUCGCUAGCUCUUGGCUUAAGCAGCACUGAGGGCAAGAAAACUCAGGUUUAAACUUUCCAAAGCAACCUGAGCUCAACCACAGGUUCCCUGUUUUAGCUCCAGCUACUUAUUUUAGUCAUGAGCCCAAGCACUUUGUCAUCACCACCAGUUUAAUUAGAGGUGCUGUUCCACCUCUACAGGUGCUGUUCCACCUCCAUAGAGAAUAUGCUGUUCGUGGUUACAAAGCCCCUUCUUUCCCCCGUGAUCUACGCUGUGGCAGCUCUGACAAAAAUGCUGUGCCUGAGACUGAGCCCUUGUAAGAAACAGGACAUUUCUAAUGCUGAAGUGUCUCAGACUAGGCUAAUGCCCACCAGUCCUGGCUGGUUUUUCUUACAAGGCCCAGCACGAGAACCUCAUCUGUGAUGAGUCCCAGACCACUCUUGGAUAUCACCUCCCCAGAGGUCCCGUUUCUGGCAGAAGUUGGUAACUGAACCAACAUAGUUUGCAGAAGCCUGGUUGUCCCACUACAGUCAUAAAACCAGUGGUUAAAUUCUGGGCCACCAGGUUUUAGAAGUAUUUAGCUGUGUCUGGCCUGACCCUCAGGAAGGUUUUCAGUAAGAGGGAUGCCCCAGAUGACAUUUCGCACAUCCUGCUUGGCCAAUCUAUUUCUGUAAGCACUUGACCUUGGCCAGCCUGGCUCUGGCUGUUUUGGGCUUGCCCUUGGUAUUCUGCAAUGUCAGCUGUGGUAUCAUGGCCACAUUUCCCCAAAAGCUGUGGCAGGGCCACCUACGUGCGUGAAGAGACAGUGCCCUUCCCUUCCAUCACCUCCAAAUGCUGAGCAGGUACACAGCCUGCCUGUCCCCUCACAGGCAGCUGUAUGGAGGUGGCUGUAUGCCACCGAGCUGCCGUGAGCUGCCACGUAUCUAAUUUAUUAAGGGAUUUGAAUCCUGACAAAGAGCGUGUUAGAUAUAUGUAAAGCAUUAGUAUUAUUACUCUGAUUAGGGCAAUGGAGGUGGGGGAAAGGAGAAGGAGGGAAAAUACAAUUUCUCUGCUCUCAGCAGAAAAUAAAUCAACUUUUGCAGAGAGUUCUGGUGCAGCCAAGGCCAUGCUAUCAUUAAAAAUGACUUUUUAUUAAGCUGAACUCUAUUCUCUCUCAUAUUGUAUGAUAUGACAGCUCUCUUUUGAUGGGAAAGCUUUCAUUUGGCCAGAGAAAGGGAUAAUUUGCUUCUUUUAAGGAGUUAAUCCUUCGGUCCAUUUCUGGGCUGGGAACGGCUGUCCUCCCCCUGCCCUGAAUUGGAGGCUCCGGCACAAUGGAGAUCAUGACCGCAUCAAAUCUACACCGGAGAUGGAGAAAUCAGAUUUCCUUCUGGAGUCAUUUUUGUGGGAUUAGCUAAAUCUUAGAUCCACACUAACUCUUCACAAAGCCACCAAGAUUAGUUAGAAUUUAUUUUAUUCACAAGGGGGUUUACGGUUUUCUUUCCAAAAGGAUUAUAUCUCUCCAUAUAUAUUUAGGGUGGCUUCAGCCAUAAAGCAGUUAGGUUAGAGGGAGAAGAAGCACACGUGUGUAUAAAAUAAAAACUGCUGCAAGAAUGACAGUCACUUGAAAUUCCGGGACAAAGCAGCGAUUCCGGAUAGCCUCACUGGUCUGCUUUGAAGGCUAUGUAAGCUGCCUUUUGUCCUUGCAAGACCCCACUCCAAAGUCAGUGCACAGAGAGCAGACCCGGCUCAGCGUGAGCUCCUGUUCCCACGGCCGCUGCUCCUGGCCGAGGAUGUCUGCAGAGCCAGCACCAGACACCGGCUCAGGCAGGAAAGGUCUGCAGUGCUCGUUCAGCAUCGAGAACAUCCUCUCCAGCCCGGCAGAGAGGAGCUCCCAGGUCCUGGUCCCGCUCUGCCUGCGGGGCAUCUUGGACCGCACGCCCAAGGGACUGCGCCAGCUGGAGGCCAUCACAGCCAGCAACCUGCAGGAAGAGGAGGAGGAGGAGGAAGAGCUGGAAGGUGCGGGUUGCAACUGCUGCUGCUGCUCCCACACGAGUGCCCGGCCCCUGCAGCACUCUCCGAGUUGGCUGGAUGCCAGGUUCCCCUGGCCCAUGCGGCUGCUUCACUCGGCAGCCAGAACCUGCAGGAGUCCCCAGGGCAGCCCGAGCGAGCUGCAGGCUUUCCAGCAGAUCCAGCGCCGGACACGCCGCCAUCGCACCAUAUUCACCGAGGACCAGCUGCAGGCCCUGGAAACACUUUUCCACCAGAACCAGUACCCGGACGUCAUCACCAGAGAGCACCUGGCGAACCGCAUCCACCUGAAGGAGGAGAGGGUAGAGGUCUGGUUUAAGAACCGCCGGGCCAAGUGGCGGCACCAGAAGAGGGCGUCCGCCGCGGCGCUGGGCCUGCAGGGCACCAAGGAGCCCCCAGCCGGAGCCCCCUGCGGUCGGGGCAGCCGGGAGGACGGCGGCGAGGCGGCACGGCCCUUCCCGGCCCCGGCUCGGGGCACGGCGCUCGGGGGACGCCCCGGGUAG